CUCUCACCUCUCACCUCUCACCUCUCACCUCUCACCUCUCACCUCUCACCUCUCACCUCUCACCUCUCACCUCUCACCUCUCACCUCUCAACUUCUUCCACUAUCCCUCUUGAUCUUCUUUCUCCCUUGACCUCUCAAGUUGCAACCCCCUUUCCUCUUUCUUCUUCCUUCCAUCACAUCAUUCAAGCCUGAGGCUGAAUCGUUGUGCCCCUUUACCAACCAUGAUCAACCACGUCACGCACCAUGCGCUCGAGUUGUAUGCUACCUCGCUACCAGGUUGCAGCUCGAGCCAACAGAAGCUCUUCAACGAGCUUGUCACCACUCUCCAUGAACAAGAACUGCAGUCGCUCGCCGCGCAGCACCAUGCCAUCAUGCAGCAGCCCGUUUCCGCUCAGCAGAACGUCUCUGCGCAGAGCCCUCACACCAUGCCAGGCCAUCCGCACUUCUCUGUGCAGCAUCAUGCCACCAUGCAGCAGCCUGCUCCCGCUCGGCAGAAUGUCUCUGCGCAGCGUGUCCUCACUAUCAAGCCUGCUCUUGUCAUGCGUAGACCGCCCAAGAUCAAGCUCGAGCCCAUGGACCGUAGCAACAUCCUGUUCAUCGAGGCUCUUCCACACCGCCACAGUCGCGCUUUCAACACGCUCGCCGUCGACAUUGAAGAAACUGACGACGACACCGACGAUGAAGUCGACUUCGAAAUGGAUUUCAGUGGAUGCGAGUCGGCAAACGAGUCUGACCAUGUGCCCGUUGACAAGUACGUGGACGACAGAAUCAAUGACAGAGAAGCAUACGAUGCCGAAAUCGCCAACCUGAUGCAGUUCUGUCCCAUCAGUCUCAGCACUAAGGGUUGUCCUCACCGCGAGAAAUGCACACUCAAGAAGGUGUGCUACUUCAACACAAGCAGACCAAAGUGUCGUAAGGAUGGCUGUGAAUUCUCGCACGACGUCAUGGUCACCUGUUGCGAUAUGAUCUGCAAUGGCCACUGCAAGAGAGAAGAGUGCAGAUACAGCCACGGUCAAGUACGCAAGAUCAUGACGAUGUUCGCCGAAGACCACUCGAAGGGCGUUUAUGACGUCGCCAAAGACGAAUCUUCAACUGAAGCUGUCACAGCCCACACGGAGGAAGUCUCGGCUGAAGCUGAGACUGCCCAAGGUAACGAGACUUCGGUUGAGGUUUGAAUCGCAGACCUUGACACUACAAAAACGACUCUCAAGGAAGAGAAAGAAACUGGGAGAUGGUCAUCAAUGUAAAUUAGUUUGAAAUUAUCGAGAUUGACCACCAAUUGUUGCUUGCAUUAUAUAUAUUGAAAUGGUGACUGCGCUCCAGCUCGCUCUGGGUCAUUAGUAUCAAUGUCUUGUGGUAGAAGUGUGAGAAUUGUGUUGUUGCUGUGAUGAGUUGAAAAUGGACCCGGCAAUCGCACUUUGGAUUGGCUGUCGCAGACGAUGGAGCAACUUUGAUCCUCACAUUCGAGUCGACUUGUCC